AUGUCGGCUGGUUUCGCGAGCUCUAGUGUGUACAGUCGGUCGACCGGCUCCGUCAAAAUCCACGGUCUUCCAGUUCCAGACUGCCUUCAUGUCAGGGCAGCUGACCACCACGUUGGGGACGCCCGCGGUUUAAGCACGGCCUUAGAAACCACUGUUAGCCGGUUGCAGAUCGCCAACAAAGAUCGGCCAAGGGCAUGUUCUGGUCUGUAUGAAGAACUGGCGCUCACCGUUACGGAGGCGUCUCGGAAGCUGCUGUCACAAACGCAGUCGCAUUUGCAGGACUGCUUGUUCGAGCAGGAGUCUGAGACGACGGACCGCGGUUUUCUUCUACAAGGGGCCAAGAAAAUAAAUGCAGCACUGCAGAAUAGCCGGGCUUGCGAAACGGCAGCACUGCAGAACUGGAUAGACAAGUGGGACCAGGCACCAGGUGCUCAAACAUCCGUUCGCUGGGUAUUAGUCGAGAUAGGAGGGCCUUUGGAGAAAGCAGAGGAGCUGUUUUACUCCGGCAGUUGA